AUGGACGCGCCGGCGCAUGUUCUCGUGUUCCCGUGGCCGCUGCAGGGCCACAUCAACUGCAUGCUCCAUCUCACCGCCGCCCUCCUCGACGCCGGCUUCCGCGUCACCUUCCUCCACACCGAGCACAACCUCAGCCGCCUUGCCCGAGCGGCGCUGCCGCCGGGCCUCCGCCUGCUGUCCGUUCCUGACGGCCUCCCGGACGACCACCCCCGCUCGGUGCGCAGCCUCAAGGAGCUCACGGAGUCCAUGUUCACGACGGGCAGCGCUGCGUACCGCGCCCUGCUACUGUCGCUUCGAUCCGAUUCCGAUGCACCGCCGUUGACUUGCGUUAUCGCCGACGGCAUCAUGCCGUUCGCAGUCGACAUCGCGGAGGAGCUCGGCGUCCCGGCCCUCGCCUUCCGCACGGCCAGCGCGUGCAGCUACUUGGCGUACCUGUCCGUGCCAACGCUCGUGGAGCUCGGCGAGGUCCCCUUCCCUGCAGACGACCCGGUGCGCGGCGUCCCAGGGAUGGAGGGCUUCCUACGGCGGCGAGACCUUCCACGUGGAGUCGGACGCAGCGAGGACGGCGCCUUCGACCCCAUGCUGCUGGCGAUCGCCGAGGGCAUCGCUCACGCCGGCAAGGCGCGGGCACUCAUACUAAACACCGCCGCGUCCAUGGAGGGUCCAGCGCUCGCGCGCAUCGCGCCGCACAUGCGCGACCUCUUCGCCAUAGGCCCUCUGCAUGCAGAGCAUGACGCAGCCGCUAGCCUGUGGAGCGAGGACGAUAGCUGCAUGGCGUGGCUCGACGGCCACGGGGACCGCUCCGUUGUGUACGUGAGCCUAGGAAGCCUCGCCGUGAUCUCGCACGAGCAGUUCACCGAGUUCCUGGCCGGCCUCGUCGCCACCGGCUACGCCUUCCUCUGGGUGCUCCGGCCGGACAUGGUGAAGACCACAGGCUCCGUGCUCCGAGAAGCCGUCAAGGAGGCGGGCAGCAAGGCGCGUGUGGUGGAGUGGGCACCGCAGAGGGGCGUGCUGCGGCACCGCGCGGUGGGGUGCUUCCUGACGCAUGGUGGGUGGAACUCGACGCUGGAGGCCGCGGCCGAGGGCGUGCCGAUGGUGUGCUGGCCAUUCUUCGCCGACCAGCAGAUAAACAGCCGCUUCGUAGGCGCGGUGUGGAGGACGGGUAUGGACAUGAAGGACCUUUGCAACAGGGCCAUCGUACAGGGGAAGGUGAGGGAAGCCAUGGAGUCCGGCGAGCUCAGAGGUAGGGCCCAUGCAAUGGCGCAGCAGUUGAAGCUAGACGUUGCGGUGGGGGGUUCGUCGUCAUCCGACCUGGAGCGGCUCGUCGGCUUCAUCAGGGAGCUCAGAGCCCGUGAGCUUAUGUCCUAUGAUGAUGUAUCUCAGUAG